AUGCGCAGCGACAAGAAAAAGUACACGCGUCGUUUGCGCACUUUGGCGCGCGAGGCUGCGAUGCCGCAGUGCUGUCUGUACACGCCUGGCAACGAACGCAACCCGACGGCGACUAUUGACGGCAUCGAGAUGGCUUCAUGGCCUCUCUCGCCCGACACCGUGGCGGCGCUCACGACCAAGUACGCUGGCCGCGUCCCGGCCAACGAUGUCAUCCUCCACGACUUCUGCAACACUACUGAGUACGCGGAUGGCUCCUGCCUCGUCGGCCAACUCGGCAUUGGACAGGCGUGCAAUGAGUACGGCCUCAUGUUCGACAUGACGCUGGCGCAUUUUGCGAUCGACUUGAACGGUGACGCAUCGACGUUGACACUGACAACGCAGCCACCGCCUGACACCUUUGCCACGGUCGUCUACUUCUUCCCGUCCACCUGCGUCGGCGGCGCCGUCACGAUCUCGCACGGCCACCGGACAACGACGUUCGAGGCACUUGACGGGUGCUUUCUCUCGUUCUACAGCGUAUGUGACGUGGCCGUGGCGCCCAUCACGUCGGGACACCGGUCUUGUCCCGUGUAUUAUGCCGCCUACACAAGCGACGACGACGUGUUCACCUGGAACGUACCCACGCCACGGUUCGCGCCGCUGCCGCUGCCAUCGAUCCAAGAGCUCCAGAGUGCUGCUCGGCACUUCGAUCCUCAAGGUUACAAUGGCGUCCUCAUCGAGCUCGAGACACGGGGCUCAAUGCCGACGUUUGGUUCGCUCACGGGGCAUGACAAGGCAGUCGUCGACUUACUGCUUGAAGCCGACGUCUUUGACAUUGCACUUGUGCGCGCGGGCGACAACGACACGAACGAGACUAUGCCGCCGCUGCCCGAGACGUUUCAUCCACUAUGCCAAACGCCAGCGCUCGUCCAGGAGGUCUAUCACCAGACACCAAUCAGCGAGUUUGCAGCCGAUGCGGACAAGUACAAGUCACCCAGCUGCUUCCUACUUGUGUGGCCCAAGGCAGUCCGCGUGCGCAUCCUCGGCUACGACUGCACGAUUGCGCUCUUGCGCGCCCAUGUUGACGGUGACGUGACCGACGAGUUUGGUUACGGGUCGCUCCACGGCAUCUUUGAAGCGGCCCUCCGGACCUUCUACCCUCGGCCCGACAACUACUACGGCCGCAACCCACCACCACAAGUCACGUACGCGAUGGCGUCGGUCCUCUACGACCACGGCGACGUGGAGCUUAUCGAGGCGUUUAUGGACGUUCACGACCAUUGGGCCGACGACGAGAACAUGGCAAAGUGGUUCCUCGCGGUGCUCCGACGCUUUGGCGCGUCUCGUUUCCGGCGCCAACUCCGAAAGGCUGCCGUGUCGAUUUCCUUUGUGGCUCACUUGGUGCAUCUCGCGACCGCCGGCGACGCCCUCGCGCAGACGAUCGUAUGCGACUGUGUCCCGCUGUGGUGGUCGUACUUGUUGUACCAACUCACGGCGACCGAUUGCUCGACAAAGAAGAAAAGACUUGGUCAUUUGCUCGACAUUGAAACGUACAUGCUCGAGCACCCGAUUGAUGUGGCUGCGUCGACGCACCUCCGUUUGCACUUGCCCGACGUUGUCGUACGCAAGGUGGCGACGUACCUCGCGCCGCCACUCGCGCCACUGCUGGACACUGUCCGAGCCGACAAGUGCCUCAUUAGCUGCCUUCCGGCCGUCGUGUGGUCGCGGCAAGACUCGCUGUGCAGCGAGCGCCUCGCUACAUGUGUUGCACUUGCCGUCGAAUAUCUGCGCUCGGGCGCCGAGCGUGCUAGCUGCUACAAUGGUCAUGCGCUGUAUCUGGCGCUACUGACGGCCGGGACGCCAGCAUUUACUAUUGUUGACGAUGAUAUGCAAACUUGGCGCCACAGCUUUGACUUCAAAGGCGAGUGCACUGGAGUCGACAAGAGGUCAUCCUCGACGGCGAUGGACAUGCUCUUCGUGGAAGAGUACGAAGACAACGAAUAA